ACAAGGAAGUUUAACAAUGGAUAAAAAUUAAGUGAUUACAUCCAUUGUAAGUUUAAUUUAACAAGUCAAUGUGAAAUUAAUCAACAGAAAAUGGCUUUAUCAAAAUCUUUCCAGAAAGGACAGAUUGUCUUAGCAUGUCAGAUGUGUGAAGAAGAAAGUAAGAUCAAGUGGAAAUGUUUACUUUGUAAUUUCUUAAUGUGUGACAAAUGCAAGAAAAUCCAUCAGAAGGUCAAAUCCACUGAAGAACAUAAAAUUGUGGACUUGAAAAACAUUGCUUUGGAGCAAAGACAAUUGGAACAUAUUCAUGAUUUCAAUAACAUUAAAUGUGACAGACAUAGUGGGAAAAUAUGCUGCUUAUUUUGUACAAAAUGUGAAGAAGUUGUCUGCCCUUUGUGUAUUACCAAUGCUCAUAAUACACACAACAUGAUUGAAAUAAGUGAAGGUUUCAAAAAUUCUCUGGAAGUUCUGAGAGACUUGCAUGACAGUACAGUUGAGAAUCUUACUAAAUUAACAACAAAAAGGGUGACACUACAGAGUCUGAAAACAGAAGUAAAGGCUAGAUAUUCAGAGGAAAAACAAGGAAUUUUGCAUCAAGAAAAAGUCUUGAAUGAAUUAGUUCAUGAACAGUCAGAAAAACUUUUAAACAAACUGGAUGCAAGAUUAAAUAAGAUGACCAUAUCAAUGCAAGCUGAUGAAAACCAUACAAAUGAAGAAUACAAAGCUAUAGAGUUGAGAAAGCAAAAUUUUCCUGGAUGCUAUAGACUCAAACAAUGUACAAAAGGUCUUUAAAAUUGUAGGAAAAGAAAAUAUAGCAAAAACAACGGAGAUAAGCCUGGAAGAUCUAACAAAAUACAAAAGUCUUCCAAAAUUUGUUCCUGGAUGUAUUGAACAGAAAGCCAUUGCAACAUUUUACGGAACUUUGGUUGAUAUUCCAGCUCAACCAAUACCACAGGAGCCUCAAUUCAAACUUUUAAAUCAAUACAGAACAACUUUACCACUAAUACAAUGCAUAGUUUGUUGUCCAAAUGGAUCAUUGUGGAUAAGCAAUUUCACAUCAAAUGAAAUGCAAAAUAUCAGCCUUCUAAAAGAUGGUUCAACACAAUUAAAUAAAAAUGUGAAAUUGAGUGAGGUGUGCCGUAUGCAACUGAACAAGUCAGAUUUGAUUUUGUCUCUAAAAAAAUCGAAUCUGUGUAUAUUCCAACCUGAAACUGGAAAAUUAGCAUCAUCAAAGUACACAGUUGCACCUUUAUUAUCUAAUUCAGCAUUUCAUAUUUCCAAGAACAAUAAAAUCAUUGUUGGAGCAAGAGAAGAUGGACCAAUGUUUCCCCCUAAUGGUCCCAGGAAAGUUAUAGUGAUGAAUAUGGAAGGAGAACAUGAAAUGACAUACUAUUUAGACAAUAAAGGAAGACCAAUCUUCACAUUGCCAUUCAGAAUCACCACAGACAUUAAUAAUGAUAUUUUUGUUAUUGAUCUGUUUUCUCAUGACGAUGGAAGGGUGGUCAAACUUAAUAAGGGGGGUGGUGUUAGUAGCAUUUAUUUAGGUAAUCCUGCAAUCAAUAGCUCUCAUCAGCAAUUUGUACCCCAUGAUCUGAAAACAACAUUGGUCAAUAAUGUUAUUGUUACAGAUUAUUGGUGUAAUACUUUACAUGUCCUCAAUAGCAUGGGUCAAUGCAUUCAUUAUGUAAGAAUAGAUAGAGAAUUUGGAAUAACUAAUCCACUGUCUUUAGAAAUUGACAAUAAAGGGGUAUUAUUCAUAGGGACUUGUGAUAACAGUAGCAAUCCAGAAGCAAAGAUUUAUGAAAUGAAAAUAUCAGGAGUUUAAAUAACAUUGAAACCAUGACAAUUUGAUUUCAUUGUAUUCAUUUUUAAAAUAAACAGAUUUAUUUAUUUCAAACAUACAUCUUUUUACUCUACAUGUAUAUAUACUUGCAGCUUAGGUGGUUAAUACAGUUUUUGCCUAGUAGGCUUUUAAUUGGCUGUUAAUAAAUUAUGACAUCAUUGAUAGUUUUGAAUUGUUACUGAAAGGUCUCAGUCAUAUAAAAGUAUAAAACAGAACUCUUUUAACGAGCCCAACCAUUGAAGACCCUCAUGGGUAGUCAAGGUCAUUAAACACCCCAGUAGUACUUUUUACAAUACAAUAAUCCUACUAAACCAUGCUAUUUGCGUUGGGAAAACAUUUUUACUUAGAGAUUUACGUUUUGUAUAUUUUUUAACUUUUUUUUUUUUAACAUUGAGCUUCACUGUAUUGUAAAUUUUCUCUAACAUUGACCUUUUCACCUUAAUUAUGACAUCAUUGAUUGUUUUGCAUUAUUACUGCAAGGUCUUGUCAUAUUAAAGUAUAAAACAGCCACUACCAUCCCCACAGCUCUUCCAUAAGUUUCAUUCAUAACAAUAAUUGUUGCUUUUGUGUUUUUGUGUUUCUCAAUAUAUAGAUGGGUUUUUUUUUUUUAUCAAUUUUAUGAUUACAUUAUUUGUAUUUUGUCUUUAUCCUAUUGUCAACCAUACUUGCAUUUUGGGCAGAUUCAGUAUUAUAUAUAUAAGUCUUGGUUUGCCUUAUUAACUCUUACCAUGCUAAAUUGAUUUCGGAUGUUGUCUAAUUUUUUCAUAGAUAUGCAAAUUAUAUCUAUUAUGCCCCAAAGUUGGUCAUCUGGUGCGAAAAUUGUAAAUUUUUAUGAUAUUUCAUCCUAUUUCUUGACCCGGAAGACUGAGGGUUGACGAUAGAUGUAUCCCACUGAAUGUAAAUUGGAACCAAGUGAACACAUUAACCACAAAAGUGCUUAGGUUGGAGUGAAACUGGAUUUGGUAUGACAGUCAAAAGAAAGUCCUUCACGAUUUUCCUGAAUUUUCCGUUAUUCACAGAUUUUUGGAUUCACCUACAACCGAAGUAGUCGUUCCCUAUGCACAUUUUGAUAAUAAAUACAAUCAGCAAGUUUAAACUAUUUUUGGAGGUUUUAGGCCUAUGUACUGCUUAUGCUAAACUCAGAAAGAUAGGGCACCCUCCAGUUUUAUCUGAUUUCAAUUUUUGAAGUUCAUAUUUGGACUCAAACUGCAUCUUAAACCUGAGAAACAUGACAAUAAAUAGCCCUAGGUUGGGAGAAAAUGCAUCAAUUUUGAAAUACAUAUCAUACAGCUGACCUCUUAAAGUAUGGAGAGCAAUUGGAGCCAAAAAACAGUAUUUUGGGUAGAGUCUGUAAUAAUACCGCAUGGUAAGGGUUAUUUCCUCUGGUAAUGGGAAUUUUCAAUUCAUUAAUUCCCCAAAAUUCUGAAGUUUUUAUUUGUUGCUAUGUACAUUAAAGUUUGAAUGGGAAACUACAUUUGUCUAGCGUAUUUUGCUAAUCUUCAUUCAGAUCAGUUUGAGGUAAUGCUCUUUCAGUUCUUGUAUCACACGUGUCUUCCGGCUCUAAAAUUUCAGCCUACAUUAAGUAGCAUUUGACCUCACUUCCAGCUCUUGUAGUUGGGCAUUAUAUCCAUAUGCAUUAUUGACAUUGUUAUUGCGGCUGUUGUAGCCUAUGUUGCAACCAGUUAACUACAUCUAGUUUUUCAGCUCGGAUAGCUUUAUCAGCUGGUACA